AAAAACAGAGUACUAUCAAUUUUACUCAAUAGGUGGCAACAAAAUCAGUUGUCUCAUAUGAUUUUUGGAAAUAUUGUCUAUUUGAGUUGGACUAAUUGUUUGUUUCAAUAAAAUGACUGCUAAUCAUUGGGAAGAGCUUCGCCGGGAGGCACGUCUUUUGGAAAACGAGAUUGAUUCAAAGCUUCUGGCUUUCUCUAAAUUUGCUUCCAGAGAUUCAUCUAAUAGCAACAGUGAAAGUGUCCCUUUAUUGGAAGAUAAUAACGAUGUUUUUGAUAGGAUUACAAGUGAAAUUGAAAGAUUAUUGGCUAAAUUAACCGAUAUUAACAACAAAAUGUCAGAUUAUACAAAGCAAGUUCAAAAUUCAAGUGCAAUUUAUACUGUACAACGUCAUCGGGAAAUUUUGAAUGAUUAUUCAAAUGAAUUUAGAAAAACAAGGAGUAAUAUGAUGGAAGUUAUGCAUCGUGAACAAUUAUUAUCUAGUAAUAAACGUAAACCUGAUUAUCCUUCAAUGUCUUCCACUACUAAAUUGACAGAUCUAUAUUUAAAGGAACAAGAACAUAUAAGAAACUCUGAAAUAAUGAUUGAAGAACAGAUAAAUAUUGCUUCCCGAACAAGAGAGAAUCUUCUUAAUCAAAGGAAUACUUUCAAAGCUUUCCAAACACAGAUGACAACCUUAGCUAAUCGAUUCCCUAUGAUCAAUAGUUUGAUUCAUCGUAUAAACAUUCGCAAAAGGAAGGAUACAAUUAUUUUAAGUGGUGUUAUUGCUGUUUGUACUUUCUUUCUUCUUAUCUUCAUAUUCUAAUAAUCAACAUUGCACUUGAAGAUUACCCUAUUGUUACCAAAUUCACAUGGAUCUAAUUCACCAAACAGUAUAACAAGAAAAAAUGGCUUAAAUGACUGGAUCUUCUGAAUAUUUUGUACAGAUUUUGUUUGUUUUAAUUAUAAAAAGUAGCCAAAAAAUAAAUGUCAAUUCUUGAAUAUCUUC